UUCGCUUGAACUUCUUGCGCUAUGCAUAAACCCAUUUUUUAGCCGAAUUUGUUCUUUCUUCUCUCUUGCUGCCAAAUUUGAAAACUAGCUUCGAUCGUGACUGGGUAUUUUCUGACAGACGUUGGGCCGGCUGAUUUUCCAGCCAGCCAGCGUACUGCAGAGAGAAACUUAGGCCCGCCAGGCUUUGCAUCCUAGCCUUUACUUUCAAUCAACAUGGAUCCCCCACCGCAAUCUUACUUGAAUCAUCGGCGCAAAACAUUGCCCAUUGUCAUGCCGGACGAUUCGGAUCCCCACCAAGGCGACCACCAGCCUGAAGACCAAAAACGCCCAGAUAUACAAGCUGCCUAUCCCCCUUCCUCACCUCCUAACGCUGAAAGUAACCAUAUAUCCACAUACAGCUCCAGACCUUCCGUUGGUCUCGAUGUACCUGGAGCUGUUCAAACACGGGAGCCACCAGAUCCUAGCGAACGUCAGAUGGACAGUAAACUUGUGGUCGUCAUGGUGGGUCUACCAGCCAGAGGAAAGAGCUACAUUGUCAAGAAAUUGCGACGGUACCUGAACUGGUUGCAGUACGAAACUAGGAUAUUCAAUGUCGGAAAUAGACGCCGCAUCAGUGCUGAGCGAUCUGAAAAAUCGUCAGGGAAAGCACAAGACCAAUCCGCGACCUUUUUCGAUCCUAAUAAUUCGGACGGAAAAGCUCUUCGAGACGAGUUGGCAUUGGAAACGCUAGAAGAAUUGAUUGACUGGCUUAAACACGGUGGCCGUGUUGCUAUCCAUGAUGCCACGAAUUCCACUAGAGAUCGAAGAGCCAAACUUAUAGACCGUCUGCAGAGGGAGCCUGAAAUCAAAGUCCUAUUUCUAGAGUCAGUGUGUACAGAUAAGCUGGUAUUGGAACGCAACAUGAGAUUGAAGCUUUCAGGACCUGAUUACAAAGACAAGGAUCCGGUGGUGGCAUUGAAAGACUUCAAGACAAGAGUAGAGAACUAUGAAAGGGCAUACGAACCCAUAGGCGAAUGGGAAGAAGAACGGGAUGUACAAUAUUGCAAACUGAUCAAUGUGGGCAAAAAGGUCAUUGCUAAUAAUAUAUCCGGCUACCUUUCUGGCCAAGCUGUUUUUUAUUUAAUGAAUUUCAAUCUUGCUGAGCGUCAAAUCUUUCUUACACGACAUGGUGAGAGUAUGGAUAAUAUCGUUGAACGCAUUGGUGGUGACGCUGAGCUGUCCGAACGUGGGCAUAAAUUUGGCGCCGCUCUAUCACGGUUCAUCAAACGGCAACGUGAAGCAUUUGCAGAGGCUCAACAGGUUCGACAUGAGGAGGAGCUUCGACAACUUGAACAGUUUGAUACGGCAGAAUCUACUGUCAGCGGAGUACCAUUGGCUCAAUCGCUAUCAUCCUGCUCUGAGAAGACUGACCUAUCACAAGGCAAGUUCGUCAUUUGGACAAGUAUGUUACAAAGAGCUGUCCAGACAGUCGAAACUUUCAAUCCAGCAGAGUAUGAUAUCAAGCAUAUUCGAUUUCUUAAUGAGAUCUAUUCCGGGCUUCGAGAGGGUAUGUCAUAUGGAGAAAUUCAGCGCUUAUAUCCUGAGGAAUUCGCCGCUCGACAAGCUAAUAAGCUAUAUUAUCGAUAUCCUGGCAUGGGUGGCGAGUCCUACACUGAUGUUAUCCAUCGUUUGCAAUCGAUGAUCAUUGAACUGGAGCGCAUGACCCAAUCAUGUCUGAUAGUUACUCAUCGUGUAGUGAUGCGUAUCCUUCUGGGAUAUCUGCUCGACUGGACGCACGAUGAAAUGCCUCAUAUGGAUGUUCCUAUUCAUUCGGUGUACGAACUUCGUCCGAAACCAUAUGGAACCGAGCUGAAGAAGUGGCAGUAUGAUGAAGCGACCGAUGAGUUUCAUGAGUUUUGAAAUAACUGUGUAAAUAUACCACAUCAAAACAAAACCCUUCCAUGCAUGUGAAGAGUGACCUUUUCUUUUAUAAAAUUUCUUUGGUUGAAACAGUCUGGCAAAUUAAAA